GGUGAGUCUGGGAAGAGCACCAUCGUCAAACAGAUGAAGAUUAUCCACGAGGAUGGCUACUCGGAGGAGGAGUGCCGGCAGUACAAAGCCGUGGUCUACAGCAACACCAUCCAGUCCAUCAUGGCCAUCAUCAAGGCGAUGGGGAACCUGCAGAUUGACUUUGGAGACUCCUCCAGAGCGGAUGACGCUCGGCAGCUCUUCGCGCUCUCCUGCACUGCCGAGGAGCAGGGCAUCAUGCCGGAGGACCUGGCCAAUGUGAUCCGGAGGCUGUGGGCUGACAACGGGGUCCAGGCUUGUUUUAACCGCUCUCGAGAGUACCAGCUGAACGACUCUGCUGCCUACUACCUGAAUGACCUGGAGAGGAUAGCCCGUGCCGACUACAUCCCCACCCAGCAGGACGUGCUGCGCACCAGGGUGAAGACCACUGGCAUCGUAGAGACCCACUUCACCUUCAAGGACCUGCACUUCAAGAUGUUCGACGUGGGCGGCCAGCGCUCGGAGCGGAAGAAGUGGAUCCACUGCUUCGAGGGCGUGACGGCCAUCAUUUUCUGCGUGGCCCUGAGUGCCUACGACCUGGUGCUGGCUGAAGAUGAGGAGAUGAACCGGAUGCACGAGAGCAUGAAGCUGUUUGACAGCAUCUGCAACAACAAGUGGUUCACGGACACGUCCAUCAUCCUCUUCCUCAACAAGAAGGACCUCUUUGAGGAGAAGAUCGUGCACAGCCCCCUGACCAUUUGCUUCCCUGAGUACACAGGGGCCAACAAGUACGACGAGGCGGCCGGCUACAUCCAGAGCAAGUUCGAGGACCUGAACAAGCGGAAGGACACCAAGGAGAUCUACACCCACUUCACCUGCGCCACCGACACCAAGAACGUGCAGUUUGUCUUUGAUGCCGUCACCGACGUCAUCAUCAAAAACAACCUGAAGGACUGCGGGCUCUUCUGAGGGCCGGCGCUGCCCAGGACCCCCGGCCGCGCCGGCGAAGGAAGGACCGUGCCGCCCCCCGACUCCUGCUUCUCUUCGGUUUCAUCCCCCCGCCCCCACCCCAUAAAAAGACUUUUUGGGUGUCAGCGCAGCGGCAGGGCCCGUGUCCCC